AUGAAUGCUGAUAAAUUGAAUAGUUUGAAGAAUUUCUUUGAAUCAGAAUACUUUACUCCUGAGAUGCUUUUACAGAAUAUCUCGAAAUAUAGGGAUUAACCUGAUGUGUUAAAUUUACUAGCGGAAUGUCUGAAUAAAAUACCGGAGAAGACAAUAACAUUUUAUUCUCCUUAAUUUUGUUAAUUGCUUAUUAAAACUGAAGUUUAAUAACUUUUUGAUUUCUUUAAGAGGUUAUGCAGUCAGUCGAUGUCCAUGUUUUUUAAUGUACGUUAUUUAUAUGAACGUUAAAGCUGUAUUGGUUAUUGGGGGCCUAUCUGUAAUUGGAGAAGCAAAAGAAGAAGAAGUAGAAGAUCGAUCAAUUCUUGAGAGUAACGAUAUAAUCAUUAACGUUAGUAAAUGGAAAUGGCAAUGGUCAAUGGCCAAUUUAAUGAGAAGAGAUUUGAAUCAUUAGAUUAAGAAGAAUAAAAUAAAAUCUUAUUGAGAGAUUUCCAAGAGAAAGACUUAAGAUAAGAAUACUUCACAGAGGUUCAAAAGUUUAUGGGAACCUUGAUCAAGCACUCCUUAGUAUUGAGGGAAUUUGCAAGAGAGGAUCGCAAACACCAUCUCAAAUUGCUCAUUCAAAAACAAAAUUAAAGUUUAUAGAGAAUAGUUAAGAAAUUUUAACUUGGUAUAUCUCUGCCGUUUUAUGAUGAUGAUAAAUAACAGAGUAAUUCAUAUUGCAUUGUAAACAUUUUGGAAAAACAUCAAAUUUGUUUCCAUACAAAAAAAAGAGUGCCCUAUUUGAUACUAGUAGAAACAAUCAAGUAACUAUUUGGGUUAUUAGAGAUAGUCCCAUAGAAAUGAAUCAAUAUCAGGUUAUACCAGCACAAUUGUAGGCAAAUAUUGAGGUAGCUGGUUAUAUCGAAGCAUAAUUGAAUGAUUAGGGAUUUGAAAGACAAAUGGCAUAAAUAGAUUUGGAAGAAUAAAAAUUAUAUCAUGAGGCUCUGGAGAAGAUCAUGAAGAUGGAGAAGAAAGGGAAGAGAUAGAGCUAGAUUAUGUAAAGCAUUGAUCAAUAUAUGUAAAAAUAAGUGAAAGUAACAUCAAUUGAUAAUUGUAGAAACAACAAAUCUCUGAUGAUUAAGACAAAAAGAAUAUGGAAUAAUAAUAGCAGGACUCAUUUCAACGCAAGAGAUUGUUGUCAUUACAAUCCAUCAGAUAACCAUAAAAUCAACGUAAAUCAAGAUCAUAAGAAAAGAAUGAAGAUAAACAUCAAGAAUUUCAGAAAUAACUCUAGUUGAUAUUGCCAGUAGAAAAAUUAUAUAUGCUCAAAAAAUUCAAGAAGAGAAACUUUCAAUUGUGGGAAUAAGUAAAUUCAUUAUAUAAUUAACAAAGACUUGGGAAGAAAAAAUACAGAGUUACAAAAAAGAAUCAAGAUACCAAAACUUUCCAUCCUUCAAGAUUAGACCUAUUAUUAUAAAGGGAGGCGAUGAUCUCAGACAAGAAAUGUUCGCAAUUUAAAUGAUGAAAUAAUUCAAUAGGAUAUUUAAAGAAUCAGAUUUGAAACUCUAUUUAAGACCCUAUCAAAUUAUUGUCACUUCAGCUAACUCUGGAAUUGUUGGUAUGGAAUAUCAGUAUCAAUAGAGUAUAUUCCAAAUACAACAUCAAUUGAUUCCCUCAAGAAAAUGUAUGGAAAUGGUACCAAGACACUCUACUAAAUUUAUCAAGAAGUCUUUGGGAAUUCUUUCGAAGAAGCAUAGAAGAAUUUCAUUGAAAGUUUAGCCAGCUAUUCAUUGUUUUCUUAUUUGAUGUAGGUAUAAAUCAAUAUUACUGAAUUGAUAGAUUAAGGAUAGACACAAUGGCAACUUGUUAAUAGAUGAUAGAGGCCAUAUUAUUCAUAUUGAUUUUGGUUUCUUAUUGUAAACCUCUCCAGGUGGAGUUAAUUUUGAAUCAGCUCCUUUUAAGUUGACUCAAGAAUAUGUGGAAUUAAUGAAGGGUAGAGAAAGUGAUUAUUUCGGAUAUUUCAAAACCUUGAUGACCAAAGGAUUCUUAGCAUUGAAAAAAUAUGUUAUAGAAAUCGAGAAUUUCUUUAAGAUAAUGGUGGAGAAAUCAGAUUUACCUUGCUUUGGUAAUUUGGAUUUGAAGGCAUUUACCAAUAGAUUCUAAUUGAAUGCAACUGAUUAAGAAGUAUGAACAUUAUUAAAUAUACAGAUUAUGGGUUUAGUGGAUAGAUUGAUAAAUUAAAGUUUAUCAAGUUGGAGAACUGCUUAAUACGACAAUUUUCAGAAGAGAACAAAUGGAAUAUUGCCUUGA